UGCCUUAAGGCUGUCCAUUACAUAUUUUAUAGCCUGCACGACGUGGUAAUUCAUUGCAUAAAAAGUUGUAUAAGUUUUAUUUUCACACUGUCGUAUCAUAAAGUCGUGAUAAGCUAACACAUACUUUGAUAUGCUUUCAUAAGGUACCUCAUGCUAUGUAAUGCAACAAGUGCACGUGUUGUCAGUCAGGGAAACGCCCCGUUGUAGUUAUACAACUGAGGCGUUUAAAUAGUAGGCCUAGCCAACUGCUAUGUUGAGACACUUUCCGUCAAAUACAAGCUCCAGCCGACGAAUAAUCGACAGUCAAAGCUACACGAAAACUAAGCCUACUUUUCUGCUGUUGCCGCGAAACAGAAUGGGGGACCACAACGUUGGACGUUUGAGUGCCAUCGUGGUUUCAUUCUGUCUAUUCAUCAUUAUGUUGAUUUUCAAUACAUUAGCCGGACCAGGAUUGCCACCCUUUUUAAACGGCACUGGAGACAUAUCGGAUAAAUAUGACACUCAGAUCACCCCCUCUGGCUGGACGUUUUCCAUCUGGGGUGUGAUUUACGUCUGGUUAACGCUCAUGCACGGCUACAUCCUCAGCACUGUCUGCAGACGCAAUGCCUAUGGCUAUAUGUACUGCAGUCCUCCUAUACUGCCAUAUGGAUUUUUCAUUUCCUGGAUUUUGAACAUGAUUCUUAAUAUCGCAUGGCUGUUGCUGUGGGACCGAGAGGAAAUGAUUGGUGGAUUGGUUGUUCUUGCAUCAGUAGCCUUCACAAAUUAUGCAAUGAUAUUCUUCUCCUGUCAUGGAUUAAAAUCAUAUGGUGCUUGGCUUAACAAAUACCACAAAGUGGACUUGUGGCUCAUGCGCGUGCUGGUUCAGAAUGCAAUAGGUGUUUACACAACAUGGACAACAAUUGCCACCUUGAUCAAUCUCACCAUUGUUAUGGACUACAAUGGGCAGGUGUCUACACUGGAUGCAGGCACUGUAUCUCUCUCGAUUCUUCUUGUAGAGGUGCUUGUUUGGUUUGUUGUUGAGAACUUUGUGCUCGACAAACAUGUCCGGUACAUCUUGACCAUCUACCCUGUGAUUAUUGUGGCUCUGACUGGAAACAUGACCAAGAAUUUCAAUGCUGCUGCACCCAGUCGCAAUGGAAUUUUCAUUGCUGUGCUCUUGGCUCUGGCAUGUGUCCUGUUUGCCAUAAGAAUAAUUUUGGUUGUCUGGAGGCACAUUAAGAAACCUUUCUAUAUGGAAAUGGAUGCUGAAAACGUUAAGUCACCAAUGGAGAUAGCUGAGAAGCAGAAAAAGAUAUUUGCUUAGGAGAAACACAUGUUUGUUGCAGGGAUACAGAAGUUAGGCCAGUCUGGAUAAUAAGUAGUUUUUAUGGGCCAAAUUAAAGCCUUGUCUAAGACACAAAAGAAUGUGUGCCUAUGCAAUUAGGCUAUUUUUGUAUAUAAACAUAAUUUAUUUUUUUAAAAUUAACAAAAGUGCUGAAGGAUGUAUAUGUGUGUGUGACUAUGGCUGCAGAAUUGAAGCGGAAGACUGUGGUUUUGGACCUUUUUUGAGCAAAUUGAACGUCUGUGUGCUCCGGUGUUUUCUCAUUUCUACUGCAUGAUUGGUCCUUUCCUGUGAUGCACCGAAUUUACUAAUUACUAUACUAUAACUUAUACAGUUAUACUAUAACUGUUAUUGUACUGUAACUAUUAUUAAAGUAAUGUUAUUGAAACAUUGAACUAUCUAUAUAUUUCUGACCUACGAACUGCUUGCACUACAGUGUACCUAACAUAAUAAACAUGGUGCACUCACUCUGGGGCAGCUCAUGGAGGUUGAAAGCACUGAUCCUGAUUUGGUUAUUAAAAAGUUUUUUUUUAAUGCCUGUAAAUUAACCAUGUUUUUUACACUAUGGUGUUGAUGUCUUUAAUAAAUACAUACAAUUGU